CGCGAAAGGGCUAUGGCUGUGAGGAGCUUGCCUUGUGCACAUGAAUGCUUCCGGUCUACAACCAGGAGCUUACUUAACGGCAUGCCUUGAGUAAAUCCACGGAUUUCAUCCAGAAUUUUCUUCAUUUUAUGAUAUUUGAGAAAAUAUGAGACCGCACCAUCAUGCAAGGCUAUCAGCAAGGUCAAGGUCAGUGGCCAGGAGGUUAUGACAAAGGAGUGUCUAUGAUCAAACAAAGUGGAAGGGCAUCUGAAAACACACCUGAACGAUACAGAGAGAAGGAAACAGAUUCCCCCAAGAUGAGCAUGGUAACCCAUGCAUUGGAGUCCCUGCGAGACAUGCGUGGUGGUGAGAGUAGGAAACGCCCGGCACGGGACAUACUGGGAGAUUCUAGGGCUAAGGAUGCCAAGUGGUCACGUUUUGACUCAGGAGGUCCACCAGACUCCAUGGGUCAAAGUCAGGAUGACAGCUGGAGGUGUACUAAGUGUAACAGUAAGAACAUUGAAGGAAGAAACUAUUGCAUCCUUUGCUACUCAUCUCGGGAUGUUGGAGACCUAUCUUCUGAGGGUCAUCACCUACCUUCUAAGGGUCAGGGUCAAGGUCAUCGUCUACCUUCUAAGGGUCAUCACCUACCUUCUGAGGGUCAUCGUCUACCUCCUCAGGGUCAUCGUCUACCUUCUAAGGGCCAUGACCUACCUUCUAAAGGUCGUGGAAAGGUGCGUGAGGAUAAGGCCAGUACGCUCUACGUGUUUGACCUCCUGCUGACAACAACAACACCUGAUCUGUUCAAGUACUUCUCCCAGUGGGGAGGCAUGAUUGAUGUCUACGUAAAGAUAAGAGAUGAUGGAAUUUCCUCAGGAAAAGGCCUUGUACAGUACAUGCGCCGAGAAGAUGCUCAGGCCGCUCUCGCUGCUUGUCCGCACUUCAUCCAGAAGAAACAAAUUAUUGUCACGGACAAAAAGAAGGCAGAUCCAAGGAAAAGUCUUACGAAUAUGGUCGCCUUACAGAAGUACAAGCUGUAUGUGACCAACAUACCUGCUGACGUGACUCAGGACGAACUGUUUAAGUACUUCUCCCAGUGGGGAAACAUGUUCUCCUGCGAACUAGCAGGAAAACUUGGGAGAGGCAAUAAGUUUGGCUUUGUUUCCUUCACCAAUGAAGAAGAUGCUCUGAAAUGUCUGAAGUUUCCGAGCCACAGUAUCCAAGACAGGAUUCUGUAUAUACAUGUGUCGGACAAGAGCAAGUCUAUGCUGAAAACUGAAAACACUAAUCCAUUGGUGGGGAGAGCCCAUGUCUAUCCACAGGAAAUACCAUCUGCUUCAGCAUCUCUGGAGCCCUCACAGAAGAUCUCCCUGUUUGUGUCCAACAUACCUACUGGCAUGACUUCAGACGAACUGUUAGAGCAUUUCUCCAAGUGGGGGAAAGUCGACUCAUGCACAAUAAGUUAUCGGAGCAAAAACAAUGGCUUUGUUUCUUUCAUCAAAGAUGAAGAUGCUCUGAAAUGUCUUGAUGCACCCCACGUACUGCAAGACAGGAGGCUGUUUGUACGUUUGCUGGAUACAAGCAAACAAUCCUCACAGAAGAUCAAGCUGUUUGUGUCCAACAUACCUACUGGUGCGACUUCCUCCGAACUGACAGAGCACUUCUCCAAGUGGGGAAAAAUCCACUCAUGCACAAUAAGUCGGCAAAAUAAAAACAAUGGCUAUGUUUCCUUCGACAAAGAUGCAGAUGGUCUAAAGUGUCUGGAUGUGCCCCACAUACUGAAAACCCAGAAGCUGUUUGUAUGUCUAUUAGACAAAAACACACCGUUGGAAGAAGCUGCAAAAGAUACAACAAAUAUUUCAGCUGUUCAAGAGAAAAACAAGAAACAUCGACUUUUUGUGACCAAUGUGCCUGUUGGGACCAACCUAGGGGAGGUGUACAACUACUUCGUGAAGUGGGGGGACCUGGAUUACUACGUACUCAAACCAACUGGCGCAAAUAAGCUGAUGGCGGUUUUAACCUAUGUGAACGAAGAGGAUGCUCUGCGAUGCUUGGAUGCCGUUCACACUCUGAAUGGCAGUCAGUUGUCUGUGCGCUGCUCCGUCAGUAAAGGGGUGCAGAAACCACUUAGAGCUUCCGACGCUCAUAAAUCUGAUGUCACCCGGGAUGCUCCUGCUAGACCUGCAAGAUCUGCCCAGAAUGCUCCUGCUAGACCUGCCAGAUCUCCCCAGAAUGCUCCAGCUAGACCUGCAAGAUCUCCCCAGGAUGCUCUUGUUAGACCUGCAAGAUCUCCCCAGGAUGCUUUUGUUAGACCUGCAAGAUCUCCCCAGGAUGCUCUUGUUAGACCUGCAAGAUCUCCCCAGGAUGCGCUUGCUAGACCUGCAAGAUCUGCCCAGGAUGCUCCUGCUAGACCUGCAAGAUCUGCCAGACCCGCCAGUCCUAGGCAGUCAACAGAAGCCUUUCAAUCUUGGAGGAAACAAAGGUACCAUGAAACUGUCCAAACACGAAUAUUGCCUGAAACUGUAAAAUCACAGAGAUUAGUUAGCCAUCCACAAGAUGCCAUGGAGCCACAAAGGUUGCCUGAAGAUGCUGAGUCACGAAGGAUGUCUGAAGAUUUCCUGUCACGAGGAAUGCCUGAAGGUGUCCAACCACAAAGGUUGCCUGAAGAUGCCAAAUCACGAAGGAUGCCUGAGAAUGUCCAGUCACGUAGGAUACCUGAAGAUAUACAUCCACAAAAGUUACCUGAAGUGUACCAGCCAAGGUUGUUGCCUGAAGAUGUCCAGCCAAGAAGGCAGUCCAGCCCAGAACAUUUUGUUCCAGGUUUGACACCAGCAGACAGUGUCUCAGGCACACCACCAAAUAUUCCAUUAGGAACUGAAUAUGACUGCAAUGUUUCUGGAUGUUUCUAUAAAGGAACAUCAUUGCAGUUUGAGCGUCACUGGACAGAGCGACAUGAAGCAAAGGUUGUCGAUCUCAUCUGUCCAUUUUGUAGUAUGGGAUGUGUGGACGCAGAUGAUUUUUGUGAACACCUGGAUUUCUUUCACGGGGUCGAGGACAAGAUAGAAAAGUCAAAGUUCCUACAAAAGGCUAAACAAGAAGAGAGAGAUAACAUUCACUAUGUCAUGCCAGGCAGUGUGACAAAGGAAAGCUGUAUGAGAGUUGCAGAGCCUGUUCAACAUGAACCAACCAGAUUAAAAGCACCACCCCCAUUAAAAGAAGAUGCUAGAGAUGCCCACAAGUUCACAGAAUGCACGUUUACUGGCACUAUGGAUGCGUCCCUUAACCUACAGAACAAAAACCAUGUUUCUGAACUCACUCACCUUAGGUGUCCAAUAUGCCCUAAAACAUUCAAAAAGAAAGCAGCUCUUCAGUUUCAUAUGAAACAUGUGCAUCCGAACAUAGAGAUGUACACUGAAAAAGAACCAGAAGAUCUUGAAGCCAACUUUGAAGAGUCUCAGAACUGUAGUCUUGAGAGUAGUCAGCAUGAAACUGAAGAAGAAGUAACCAGAUCCCAGACACACAUACAAACAAUUUCAGGUAUGGGUUCAAGAAGUAUUCAUGAUGGAAACAGGUCUACGAAGGAAAAGCGUACAUCCAGUCCACCAUUGCAGUCUUUCCAGAAUGUGUCAAGGCCCAACUUGGUACCCAGCUUGCCAACCCAGCAGCCUGUUCCCAGACUUGAUCCACCACCUCUGGCAACCCAUGUGCCACUUCCUCCACUACAGCUUAUUCAGUCUCAACAAACAAUUGUCAGUGCUCCGCCAUUGAUGGACAGACACCCAGUCCCACCUCCUACAGAUAUACCCACCCAACAAGCAGUUCCUUUACUUGGGGUUGUAACACCCUUCUAUCCCUCCACAGCAUCGGUCCCCAAUCCUGUGCCACCUCCCCCUAGACCUUCAGUCUCGACGCCUCAGCUUGCUGUAGCAAGCCCGUUACAUCUUCUAGCAUAUCCUCAGCCAUCUGAUACUGGAAUUGCAAAUACCUUUACUCAAAAAACUGUGGCCGCUGCUUCAAGGCCUGUUGUUGGUACUCAAUCACACAUAGUUCCUCCUAUAAGCUUUUCUCAAGCUCCAUUUCAACCCGAAGUAAGUGCACAAUCACAGCAAGCUCCAAUAAUGGCUCCACAACAGUCCCAAGUUGGUGAUACAGUAACUCCUUCAGUUGUUCCACAAACUUAUCCUCAAGCAGUUACUCCACCACAACUCCCACUGACUGGGCAAGUAAUCAGUCAAUCUCUGCAACAUGGAAGUGCACCUCAACCUGUUCAGCCACAAAUGUCUCAGCCAGAGGUACUAAUGAAACAACCACCUGUUGAUUCCCAGUCAGUAACAAUGCCAAGUGCAGAUCCUUGCUCCACUCCUCCACUCAAUCCUCUGGAUUUAAUCAAUGUUUACAAGGGCUCCAAAGAAACUCAGAAAAGGUCAACAAAAGAUGUACAGAAAAGGCUUUCAAAACAGGAGAAAACCAGCAAUGAACCACAGAAUGGAUUCCACAUGAUGGAAAGAUUAGAGGAUGCAAAUAUUAAAUUAAGAAGAAGGCUUAAAGCAGAUGUGGGGGAAGAAGAAGAGGAUGAUAAAGAACAUGAAGGGCCAAAGGAAACGUUGGAGGAGUUUUCAGAUAACAGUGGUCAGUCAAGGAAAGACCUCCAGCAAAGGACAGAUCCCCAUGGUCAAACAAGUGACGACAUUCAGCAAAGGACAGAUAAAGACUCUCGGGCAAGAGAUAAAUUUCAGCGAAGGACAGAUUAUGGUGUUGAUACAGAUCCAAAGGAAAUGUUGAAGGAGUCUUCAGAUGAAGAAUCAAAUGUAAAUUUGGAAGUUAAAGGAACAUUAAGCCAAGCACAUGGGGAUAUGAGAGCAAGAGCGCGAACUAUUGCUAAGAAAGUGGUUGGAGACUAUAGAAAUGAGCAAGUAGCGGGGAAAACUACAAACAUACACACAAAGGCUGCAACUGUGUCACCUGCAAGGAAUCAAGGACAUUCUAAAGAAGGGAAGAUAAAACCAGGGCUGGUUGACAAUAAGGUCUUAGGUCAGUUGCUUAUGAAGUCCAUUGGCAUGGUGAAGUAUCAGUCAAAGAGAGCUAAUGUAGAUGCUGAUUUAAUUAGAAAAGGUAUUUCAUGGGCUAAAAAUGAGAUUAUAGAUAUGCUUAAACAAGAUGAGAAGAUGACAUUGACUGAAACAGAUGAAGGAAGUAGAGAGGCAGGUUUUCAGCAAAGGACAGAUAACCGUGAAUGGUCAAGAAAAGAAUUUCAGCAAAGGACAGAUAACUGCCCUCGGUCAAGGAAUAAAUUUCAGCAAAGGACAGACAACAGUGGUCAGGCAGGUGAAGACCUUCAGCAAAGGGCAGAUAACCAUAGUCAUGAAGGUGAAGACCUCCAGCAAAGGGCAGAUAAUCACCCUUGCUUAAGGAAUAGAUUUCAGCUAAGGACAGAUAACCGUGGUUGUUCAAGUAAAGACCUCCAGCAAAGGACAGAUUACCGAAGCCAUACAGGUGAAGACCUCCAGCAAAGGGCAGAUUACCGAAGUCGUACAGGUGAAGACCUCCAGCAAAGGGCAGAUAAUCAUGGUCAGGCAGGUGAAGACCUUCAGCAAUGGGCGGAUCACCGUGGUCGAACAAGAGAAGACGACCAGCGAAGGACAGAUAAACAGGCUCGGUCAAGCAAUAAAUUUUAUCAAAGGACAGAUAACCCUGGUUGGUCAAGGAAAGAAUUUCAGAACAGGAGAGAUUGGAAUGUGGAAAAAGAGGAACAUGUGGAAGUGUACGUGGAUGAAUAUGGGAAUGAAGAUGAAGAAUAUGUUCUGGCCUAUGUGGAUGAAGAUGGAGUUCAUGUGAUGGAUGAUGGUUUUGUGAUGGGAGAGGGAGGUCCUGUUAAAAAGGGAGAGCAAAUGGGUGAAGAAACUGAUGACAUGUAUUAUGGAAUAGACCAGGGGUCAAGGAGCAAUAGAAUCAGGGAAGAGUCAAGAAGCCAUGGUCAAAGAGGCUAUGGAGGAGGAGAAACAACAAGUGGUCACAGAAUUCUUGAUGAAAGAGACAUGCAGAUUUACGAGAGGUGUCAGGAGGAGUACAUUGAGGACGAUAGAUUUUCUGAAGAAGAGUAUUUGGAAUAUAGAGAUGAUGACAGAAUUAGUAGCAGUAGUAGCAGUCACAGCAUGAGGAGGAAUGAGGAUAGAAGGUCACAAAGGUUUGAGGAGCAAAUGCCAAGAGAGUCUGUCUUGGAUGAAAGAAGACAUUUUAGCCCUCCCCUCAGCAGGUAUAGUGAGCGACAGGAAGAUGAAUAUGAGGUCUUUGAAGAGGUGGAUAGUUACCAAGUUUCCAAUGAACACUUUAAUGAAGGUCAUGGACCAUCAAUUGAAGAUAAACAUUACAUUGAAGAGGAUGAAGGAUAUGUACAUAAUGAGAGAGUUAACUAUGGGAUGUAUAAUGAGUAUAAAGAGGAUUUUGAUAGAGUCAGGACAAGGAGUGCCCAACAGGACAGCACUUGGCGAGGGGGUGGAUUGGACAGAGAUAGAAGAUACUCAAAACGAAAGUGAUAGUUUCAAGGCAACUCAAUGACAAGAGAUGAUUGAAGACAAGGAUCCACAGCACAUGGCAAAAGUUUCAAUACAAAUGAAUCGUAUUGAAAGUGGUAUUGAAAGAAAGAGAGGUCAGGAGAUUUCAAAACUCACUGAACGUUUCAAAGAAGAAGACUCAAUAAAAGGACUUUGUUGAUGGUGGUACCACAAAAUCUCAAAAGAUGCAUCGCAUCAAGUGGAGAGACAAGGAUGACAGCUCCAAGACAAAGGGUCAGAGCUUCAAGAAUGAGUAAGUCACCUUAAAGAAUAAGGACCAGAUCAGCAGAGGUAACGAGAAGGAAAGGUGGCAGUAAGACAAAGGGAAACAAGGGGAAGCAAUUUGAACUGGAACAUGAUGAUAUCAGUGAGGGUGAUCUCAGUGAAGAUGGUAGCCUUGGUGAGUUUGGCUUGGAUGACUUUGUUGUCAUGGAUGCAGUGUGAAUUGGAAACUUUGUUGAUAAUCAUUAUGAAGAUACAUGCUUUUGAAAUGACCAGAUGCCAUUGCCCAUCAGAACAGGUGUUGGAGGUCCUUCGAGGGGCAUAUUGUAGAAGAAUAUGUGACGGAUAAGGAGAAUAUUUUGCAGCAGGCAGUACUAUACAAGCUGUGGAACCAAGGCCAGAGGCAACAAAGUUCUCUGUACAACAGUCAGACAUUCUGCUGUUACUGAAGAUGUCUGUACAUUUUCUUGGAGAUGAUGAGGAACUUUUGAGACAUUAUGAUUACAGUGAUGACUUGUUGGUGCAGUCCAUGUAGAGUUUGUCAUGCUGAGAACCAAGAAUUCCAUCAAAUACUCUACCUCUAUUACCGUAUUCGACGUAAUAAGCGCCCACAGCGAUAUUUGCUAAUAGAUUGGCUAGUGAACAAUUCCAAUUAGCACCCCUACCGAUUGAUCAAUGUACACAAGACUUAUUUAUUCG